AUGGCAUCCGUCGACUUCGAGGGCUACCAACGCGCCUGGCGCCUGCGUCAUAGCUCUGCAGAUGACGAGCUGAUGCGUCAGGUUUUUGGUGAAGAGCUCGGCGAGCUUCAAAAGAAGGGCACCCAGCUGCUGGAUGUCGCCAGAUCGUACUUUCCGCACCUCACCUCGUCCACGUAUGAGGCAUUGGCACGGGAGCCUGACACCUUGCGCCUUGAGAAGGACCGUUGCGAACGAGAAAUGGAACAACUCGCCGUGCAGAACUACAGUGCCUUCAUCGGCAGUGCUGAGGUCACUCGUGGCGUACGGCAGGAGCUGUCCAGUAUCCACACGGAACUGCAGGAGAUGGCCGAGCUCUUGGAGCCCACCCAGGAGACGAUCUCACGCUUGAAAGACACAGCAUCAGGCCUCGGCGCGCGCCGGGCCGCUUUGCGGAAUGUGCUGGCGCAACAUGGAGCCCUGCUCGAGCUCCUGGAGCUGCCUCAGCUGCUGGAUGCGUGCGUUCGGAAUCAGAUGUACGAAGAGUCCUUGGAGCUUCUGGCGUUUUGCAACAGCUUGCUGCAAGCGCAUGAAGCUCGCGGGGAGGACAUCAACGUUCUGACGCACAUCAAGGAUCAGGUGGCGGUACAAAAGACCAACCUCCGCGAUUCCCUAGCAGCACAGCUCAAGACUGAUAUUCACCUCCCCGCGUGCGUGCGCAUUGUGGGCUUCCUGCGGCGUGUGCAGCGCCAUUCAGAGGAAGAGCUGCGCGAGCUCUUCAUUCAGCAUCGCAGCAAGUUUCUGGAUACCCACAAGCAGCAAGUGGAACUCCUGCGCCACAGCCGUGGCAGUGUGGGGACAGCUCUGCGCAAUGCGGCAGACCUUCUGCGAACGCAUGUCUAUGACAUCGGCACGCAGUACAAGGCUCUUUUCCCGCAAGACGACGGCCCCCUCGGGACCUGGCUAAACAGCCAGGUCAUGUGGCUGAUGACACUGCUACGCCACCACGUGAUGCCUUCCUCGAGCACCGGCAAGGGUUCCACAACAUCGCUCAGCGCAAAGAUUGACGCUGCGCAGCUGACAACUGUCCUUCGGCAGUGUGUCCACGCAUCGUCGACGCUGAAGCGAUUAGGCGGCCAUUUCUUUCCAGCAGUGGCAGCGAUCUUCGAGGCGCGCAUGGAGCACUACUCCCGGGAGAUGCUGGACAGCGCUCUGCUCACUUUCCAUGCCGAGCUCGGGCGUUACGACUGGGUGCCUUCCACAGCGCUAGGUGGCAGCGAAGCGUCCGGCUGGCUGCACCCGCAGGCCUUGGAGCUGACUCGGCACCGACCUUUGGCCGUCCUGACCAACGACAUUGUCCAGGUUUUCAACGAACUCAGACAGUGUGCGCUGCAUGGCCUGCGCGUGAGCGUUGUGACUCACUGCUAUGAGUGCUGCAUGGCUUCCGUAAACUUACUCCGCUCAGUGCUGGCCUCACAAACCCUGCGGUCAGGUUCGCCCAAGGCAGCUGAGUUUCACAAGCUCUGCAGACACUUUGCCGAUAUCCUGGUGCCUUUGGUGGCUUCUCACCUCGAGGCCCUCUUCGGUAGCGCAGCCCGGCUGGACAGCAGCACCAUUGUGUCGUCGAUGGUGCCGGACCUCAUCCAAGCCGAAGUUGAGUACACGCUGCCUCCAGAGGCUCCAGAGCAAGCUGAUGUGCCGUCAGUGGCAGUGGACGAGGCAAGCCCAAGUCCAGCCCCGGCGCAGCCCGAGGUGCCCACGGAGGUGGCUGCGUGGAGCGAACCGAACGCGUAG